CAACAUCCACUCCGACCCUGUGGAGGAAACUACCCCGCCUCUCCUUAUUUCUUAUCCUUCACUUGGUCCUCGCUGAUCCGUGAAUUGUAUAUACUUUUGGGGAAGCAGUUGGUGCUUAAGCGUGCACGCUUUUUGAGCUCCGCGUGUGUGUGUGUGUGUGUGUGUGUUGUGUGCGCGAGUCAGUAUGCCAUGUCGUCCCCUGGCUCGUCGUUUGUGCAGAUAAAGCAUGAGGACCUGCUUUUCUAUGAGAACUGUGGAGGAGGCAGUUUCGGGAGCGUCUACAGAGCCCUCUGGAUAUCCCAGGACAAGGAAGUGGCUGUGAAGAAGCUUCUGAAGAUUGACAAAGAGGCUGAGAUUCUCAGUGUCCUGAGCCAUAAGAACAUCAUUCAGUUUUAUGGAGCCGUGCUGGAAUCUCCCAACUAUGGCAUUGUCACAGAAUAUGCUAGUGCAGGGUCUCUGUACGAGUACCUUUCCAGUGAGCAGAGUGAGGAGAUGGACAUGGAGCAGAUCAUGACAUGGGCCAUACAGAUAGCUAAAGGGAUGCAUUACCUCCACGCAGAAGCUCCAGUCAAAGUCAUUCACAGAGACCUCAAGUCACGGAACGUGGUGAUGACAGCAGACAAAGUGCUGAAGAUUUGUGAUUUUGGGGCAUCUAAGUUCCUCUCCCACACCACCCACAUGACGGUGGUGGGCACUUUCCCCUGGAUGGCUCCUGAAGUCAUUCAGAGCCUGCCUGUGUCUGAGACCUGCGACACCUACUCCUAUGGGGUGGUGCUAUGGGAGAUGCUGACUCGGGAGGUUCCUUUCAAAGGCUUCGAAGGGCUGCAGGUUGCAUGGCUGGUGGUGGAAAAACAAGAGAGGCUGACCAUCCCCACCAGCUGUCCAGCAAGUUUUGCUGAGCUGAUGAGAAAAUGCUGGCAAGCAGACCCAAAGGAGCGUCCACAGUUUAAGCAGGUGCUGGUAACCCUGGAGACGAUGUCUAACGACAGCAGACUACCGGACCAGUGUAACUCUUUCCUACAUAACAAGGACCAGUGGAGGUGUGAAAUUGAGUCGACCCUGGAGCGGCUUCGGAAGCUGGAGAGGGAACUUUACUCCAAAGAGAAGGAGCUGGAGGAGAGGGAGAGGAGGCUCAAACUGUGGGAGGAGAGGCUGAUGGAGAGGUCCAACAUGACUCCCAGUCCGACCUCCCUUCUCAUGGAGCGCUCAAACAUCUCACCAUUCUUCAGUUCUGGUUCUUUCUUCCGCUCGCACUCUCAGGACUCCAACAGUACAGGGGUUAGCAGUGCUGGUGUCAGCUGUCUCCUCCGCACCCUCAGCAACGGAGACACGGAGAGGGGGAGCAGUGCGGUGCUUGAGAGGGGGAUGGGGUCGCUCGACAGCGGGAGGCUACACGCAAUGCUCCGAGGUUUGCAGGGGAGGUUCGGAGAGGAGGACGAGGAGGAGGAAGGAAGCGUGGAGGAGAAAGGCUGGGGCCAGAGGGAGAGAGAUGAUAGUGGGAGUAUGGAGGGAGGAAGAGUGCAGGUGACGCUCCGGAGCUUCCCAGGUGGUGUAGUGGAGAGGGAGGAGAGGACAUGGGAAGAAGGGGACAGGGAGAGAGGAGGCAUGCAGCGGAGCAGGGUGACGACCAUAGUGCGCGGAUACUCAGGUGGGUUUGGAGAGGCAGAAGGGGAAAGGGAGAAGGAGGGAGGAUGGGAGAUAGAAAAACUCGGGGACAGGCUCAAUGAGAGAGGAAUGGAGGGAGGGAUUGAAGGAGGGCGGCUCCCGACCAUGUUCAAGGGUCUCCAUGGGAGUUUGGGGGGCUUGGGGGACAUGCUGUCCUUAGACAUGGAUGACAUGGGGGAGAUGGAGAGACUAGGUGACAUGGACAUGGACAUGAACAUGGGUGACCUGGGAGUGAAAGUGGUAGGCCAUGGAGCCAGGAGUGAGCUAGGGGUCAGGGGUCGCAGGAGUGACGUGGGGGUCGUUGUCCAGGGAGUCAGAGGUGACGUCAGCGAGGCCAUCAGCCAAAAGAUUAGAGGUGAGGUAGGGGUCAUCGGCCACUCGGGGGUGCAAGUGAGCAUGCGGGCUUCGUCCAAUCAGAACUCUGUGAAGAGCUGCAGUGUGCGGCAUGGAACCAAGAUCAACAUGGCUACUGCAGCCAUGGACAUGAUGGAGCUCGACUGGUCUGACAGUGACUAGAAAACACAUUAGCACCCACACCCACCCACACACACACACUGACACACACACACACGCACAGAAAACACACAGAGGCCAAACUAGAAAGAUUUUGACUUGUUAGCACAUACAGUAUCUGAGCUACAGUAUGUGCAUUAGAAUCUCCAGUUGAAAAAGAGCUGGUAUACACACAUUUCUUUUGUUAAUUUUUUUUAUUGAAUGGAUGAAUACUACACCCAUGUGUACUGUGAAGUAGGAAGGAGCAAAAAGACAAUUCGAGGUUGUCUUGUUAUGCUGACAGAAUGAUUUCACCUGUGUAAUUUAAUGUGCUAUUAAAACUGCUGCAUAACAUACUGUAAGAGGUACAAGUGUUACAAAAUAACACACUUGAAUGCCGCUCUAAUGAGGCAGCACUGUCAGAUUUUUUUUUUCUUUUUUUUUUUUCUUCCUGCUUAUAGGGUAUCUUGUUAGUUUGUAGAUUUGAUUUGUUCAAAACAAGCUUUGACUUUUAUCAGUUCUAACUGUGACCUAGUGCGUGAAUUUUUGGCAUUUAUCUCUGUAUAUUUUAUCAUUUUUCAAUAAAAAGAAAAGAAACUUU